AGUAAUUCAACUUGUUUCAGUUCAAAUCAUGUCAAACAGGAAAUUGACAGUUUAUAAUCUGAUGGAUAAACUGAUAAUAGGAUUAAGUGUGUGCAUGUUGGUAUCCUUGACAUUCUGCCAAGGAGAUUCAUUCCUUUCAUUGAGUGAGAUGGAAAAUCUGUUUGACACAGAGCAAGACCUAGUCAAGGCUGUUAAUGACUACAUCAGGCUUGCCAACUUUGAACUGGACAUCAUAAGAGGGCGCUUCAGAGAGCUCUCCAAAAUUCAAUCUGAGAUAAAAGAUCCUGCCAGCUACAUGGAAAACCCAAUAAAUGCAUAUUCUGUUGUGAAAAGAUUGGUCAAUGAGUGGCCAGCAACAUUCAAUUUACUGGAAGGUUCAGUGCCAGAGAAAAAGCUGCCAGAUAACUGGGUUCUGAAAGAUAUGGUGUCUUGGAUCGUUCAGUGGCAGCUGGAAAAUGGUGUAUCAGCAGAAACUAUGGCUCGGGGUUUGCUCAAUGGAACUCUCCCUCACGCACACCUGACAGCUGGGGACUGCUAUGACAUUGCUGUCCACUGCUACCACACCAGACAACUACAGCAGGCUGUGACGUGGCUACGGGAGACUGAGCUCAAGAUCACCGACUCUGGAGAUUACACAGCUUCUCUAUCCGCAGUCCACGAGUACACUUUCUUAGCUAAGUGUCUUGCAGGUGAUUUGGAAGGUGCUGUUACUGCUUUUCAAAGCUUCCAGACUAGUGACGACAGUAAGCACCUAUCUCCUCAGGAGGUCAAAGGAGAGUAUCAACUUAUGAAAAUACAAAAUUGCAAAACUGCAGCUCUUGAAUAUAAAAAAGACCAGCUUAUCAUGCAAUAUUUGAGAGCAGGGCCCGAUAUGGAAUUGUACUAUGGGGAGCAUCCUCAAACAACAACCUUCAACGAGUCAUGGUUCUUCAGAAACGGGGGAACGAGAGAGAGAACAAGAGAGUUGUGUGAGGCGAGAGUUCGGUACUCCAGUUCUCCUCUCUCGUGUUACUUCCUCCACUUCAAUAUCCCUUAUCUUCGGCUGGCACCAUCGAGAGUGGAGGAACAGAACUUACGACCUUUCGUGGCUUUGAUUCACAACGUCCUGCAAGAUAACGAGAUUGUUCAUAUUAUCCAGAAUUCUAUUGCUCAGAUGGCAACACUGACCAAAGGGGAAAAUGGACCAGUUCCUUUGAGUGAUGAUGCACUGAAUCUCAAGUUAAACAGAAGAAUGUCAAUCCUGACCCACCUUGACCUGGAGGGAUUUUCAGAUACUAACCAAAUCAGUCUCUUCGGCCCUGGAGGAAACUUUACCUCUGUUAACGACUUCCAUACAAAGGAGAAUGAAUUGUCCACAAAAGGUCUACCGAUUGGAAAAGUUAUUUACUUUCUGAGUGAGCCAGCUCAAGGAGGUCUGACAGUGUUUCCAUCGCUCAAAUUGGUCGUGGCACCAGUCAAAGGUUCCGCUCUAUUCUGGUUCAACCCUCUUGUCAACCAGGGGUUCGAGGACAUCCAGAUGAUGGAAAGAGGUGACUGUCCAGUCCGUCUUGGUUCCAAGUGGGUGAUGAUGACAACAGUCCGAAAAAAGGAGCAAAUUGAAUUAAACUAGGAAAUUCAGCACUUUUUUACAUGUACAGAAAGUGUAUACCAAGAACUUGAAGAGCAGUUUUACUUAAUGCAUUUUCAUUAAAUAAUUAAAGAGUUUUAUAUUUAAAUUA